AUGAAUAUUCUAUUAUGGAAUUGCCGAGGAGCUUUGAAUGCUGAUUUCAAGCAUAGAGUGCUGGAAAUGAUGGUGAAUCAUCAACCUUCAAUAAUGGUGAUUACUGAGACCAGGGAAGAAGCAGAAAUCUCAGUUCUUUCAUCCACUGAACAAGAAAUUCACGCAAUUGUGAAGGACCAAGCUUUGUUUAAAGCUACUACUAACUUCACCAGGAAAACCAAAAAGUGGAAUGUUGAUGUUUUUGGAAAUAUUUUCAAUAGAAAGAAGAGGGUCAUUGAAAGGAUUAAUGGUGCCCAAAAAGCAUUGGCUAAUCAUCCUAAUGAUUUUCUGGUGCAAUUGGAAAAGAAUCUUAUUGAAGAAUAUGCCCUUAUUAGAAGACAAGAGGAAGAAUAUUGGGCAUUAAAAUCUCGGCUAAAUUGGACGAUACCUGGAGAUAAGAAUACGACAUUUUUUCAUGUCACUACCAUGAUUAGAAGGCAAAGAAGCAAGAUUAGGAGUAUCAAGAACUCUAUAGGAGAGUGGAUUACUGAUAUGGAAGAAGUGCAGAAGCAUAUCCUGGAUGGGUUUAGUAGACUCUUCACAACUGAACUUGAGUUUUCUACUAGCUCCUUAGACGUGUCUAGCUUUUCUCAUAUUUUCUUAUCAGAAGAGGAAAAAACUAAGCUAUGUAUAGAGGUGAUUGAUAUGGAGAUUAAGGAAAGCCUUUGGGCCCUUAAGCCUUUUAAGGCACCUGGGAUUGAUGGUUUUCAUGCUGGGUUCUACCUGAGUAUCUAA